CUACUACUAGUAAAGGAAGAAGCAAACAGAAAAAGAAAAAGAAAAAGAAAAGGGAAUGGCAAUAGCUUGGCGUCUGAGAUCGAGUGUCCCUCUCCUAAAUCAGAUUGGUUGCCGUACUUUUACAUCCCAGGUAAGCGUGAACCUCGCCGCCCGCCUGAGCAAGGCAGGACUGUUACGAAGCCAAGGUCUUAUAGGAGCAAAGUGGAGCGAUGCAUACGACGGAAGCACCCUUCAGGUUCACAAUCCCGCCACCGGUGAAGUUAUAGGCCAUGUCCCCUGCAUGGGGCGCAAGGAGACGGAGGACGCCAUAUCCUCUGCUCAUCUUGCAUUUCCAUCCUGGAGCAAACUCACUGCCGCCGACAGGAGCAACCGUUUACGCAAAUGGUUUGACUUGCUCAUUGCCCACAAACAACAACUCGGACAACUAAUCACCUUGGAACAAGGCAAGCCUCUCAAAGAAGCCAUGGCCGAGGUUAGCUAUGGAGCCAGUUUUAUUGAGUUCUUCGCAGAGGAGGCCAAACGUGUCUAUGGUGACAUCAUACCACCUACUCUUUCCGAUCGUCGCCUGCUUGUUCUCAAACAGCCUGUUGGUAUUGUUGGAGCAAUUACACCCUGGAACUUUCCAUUGGCUAUGAUUACUCGUAAGGUUGGUCCUGCCCUUGCUUGUGGUUGUACAGUGGUCGUAAAGCCUUCUGAAAUCACUCCUCUCACAGCAUUGGCAGCAGCAGAGCUAGCCCUUCAAGCUGGAAUACCACCGGGCGUCCUAAAUGUUGUUAUGGGAAAGGCUCGUGAAAUUGGAGAUACUUUACUCACGAGUCCACAGGUCAGGAAGAUCACAUUUACGGGCUCAACUGCUGUGGGAAAGAAGUUGAUGGAAGGUGCUGCUGGGACUGUUAAAAAGGUAUCUUUAGAACUUGGUGGCAACGCACCCUGCAUUGUAUUUGAUGAUGCAGAUAUUGACACGGCAGUAAAAGGAUCACUUGCAGCGAAGUUCCGCAAUAGUGGACAAACAUGUGUCUGUGCAAAUCGAAUACUUGUACAAGAAGGUAUCUAUGAAGAAUUUGCAGAAGCUUUUUCAAAAGCUGUUCAAAAUUUGCAAGUCGGCGACGGGUUUACUGAAGGUGUGGCGCAGGGUCCAUUAAUUAAUGAAGCUGCAGUUCAGAAGGUUGAAUCAUUUGUUCAAGAUGCCGUCUCAAAGUUGUUAAACUAUGAAGCAUUGACACUUUUCGAAGGUGUCGUAUGCUGGGGGACACAGGAACACGCCAGGACAUGCUUAAAAAUUUUAUGCUUGAAGGGAGCAAAAAUCCUUCUCGGUGGCAAAAGACAUAGUUUGGGCCGGACUUUCUAUGAGCCUACGGUAAUCAGCGAUGUCAAGAGUGAUAUGGUUUUAUCCAGAGAAGAAGUAUUUGGACCAGUGGCACCAAUACUGCGGUUCAAAACCGAGGAGGAAGCUAUCUCCCUUGCUAAUGACACAAAUGCAGGACUAGCAGCAUAUAUUUUCACCAACAAUAUUCAACGUUCAUGGCGAGUGACUGAAGCUCUGGAAUAUGGGCUUAUAGGCGUCAAUGAAGGAAUUGUUUCAACUGAGGUGGCUCCCUUUGGAGGAGUAAAACAGUCUGGUCUAGGAAGGGAAGGCUCCAAGUAUGGGAUGGAUGACUAUUUGGAGCUCAAAUAUGUAUGCUUAGGAGAUAUGAACAGAAAGUGAGAUGGCAGUAUUGGAGUGUCACGACGACGUGAGGUUUGGAUCGGCACAUAUUCGGUUUGGGUCGGCAAAUUGAGCAUUGUUUUAAUGUUACUCUGCAAUUUGAGGUUUUCCAAUGAGAAACAUAAACCAGAAACUCAUGAAUUAAAGUAUUUGGGAACCACAUUUGAUUUAAUAUUGGUGUAAUUUUAGUAUACCUCGGUAUAUUUACAUUUUUAUGUAUUUUUCAUAUGUAUAUAUUGUCAAGUUAAUUUUUAGAAUACUGUGUGGUGUAAUGUUGGUAUAAUAUCGUUUAAUGUUAAUAAACUUUUAGUA